AUGGCGGAAGCACGUGGAGGGAACGCGAAGGUCCAGAAUCCAUUUUGGUUUGGCGGAAGUGCCAGCUGUAUGGCAGCUUGUGUUACACACCCGCUAGAUUUGAGUGGGUUCAUCGAGUCUCGAUCGAGAAACGUCAAGCUCCAGGCCCAAAAUCAAGCCCAGCACAGGGGCCUCGUGGAAACCUGCAGCAAAACAUACUCAGAGAACGGUCUCAAGGGCUUCUAUCGAGGUUUAUCGGCUAGCCUCGUUCGUCAGGCAACAUACUCGACAAUUCGUUUUGCCAUCUACGAAGAAUUGAAAGUGAGGUAUGGUCCAGAUGGGCAUUGGUACACUCUUCUCAUGGUUGCUGCCGGCUCUGGCUUUCUGGGAUCGCUCGCCGGAAACUUCGCGGACAUUCUCAAUGUGCGCAUGCAAAACGACACAGCACUUCCAGUGAGUGAGCGGAAGGGCUACAGGAACGUGUUUCACGGCGUCAGUCGGAUGACGCACAAGGAAGGUAUUGGAAGUUUGACGAGAGGCUGGGGUCCGAAUUGUACUCGUGGGGCCGCUCAGACUGUUGGCCAGCUCGUAAGCUACGACAUUCUCAAGCGGUGUUUAGAAGAACGAACGGAUCUUGGUGAAGGUCUGCCAACUCAACUUGAGGCAUCAUUCUUGGCGGGGUUAAUCGCAGUUACGAUCACUAAUCCUAUUGAUGUGAUUAAGACUCGUGUCAUGUCGAGCCCGGAGUCACAAAAUGUCUUGCAACACAUCAGGAACGAUUUGCGGAAAGAAGGAUUCAAAUGGAUGGUUAAAGGGUGGCUCCCAAGCUUCAUGCGCAUUGGACCGUAG